CAUUAAUACUAAGAACAAUAGAAAUAAAGCUCCUGGUACUUUUAUUCAUACGAUAAUGAACAUAAAAUUGUCUAGCCAAAUAUUUUCAAAUGAGAAGAAUUUCUCAAAUAAAAUUUCAACUUUAGUCGGUGAUAUUCAACUUUCAAAUAACACUAUUAAACAAUCAAAUACUACUGAAAAUAAUAGCCACAUUUAUAAAUAUAAAUACAAUUGCAAGUACAAUUACAAUCAUACUGAUACUGAAAAGAAAAUUGCAAGUAAAGAUAAAAAUAAUAAAAAUAAUAAAAAUAAUGAUAAUAACAAAGUUAGUCUUAAUUAUGGUUUAGCUGAUUCAAAUCUCUUUAAUCCAAUACAAGUUGGUAAUAUGUUAUUACAAACUCGUUUGGUUAUUUGUCCCUUAUCAAGAUGCAGAGCAACAGUUGAUAACCUUCCCUCAAAUCUAAUGUAUCACCAUUAUAUUCAAAGAUCUUUAACUCCCGGCACUUUAAUAAUCAGUGAAGCAACUUCAAUUUCUCUCAAUAUUGGUGGCACUGAUCAUAAUCCUGGAAUUUAUAAUGAAAGACAAAUUUAUUUAUGGUCUAAAAUCAUUUCCAAGAUUCACAAAAACAAUUGUUUUUUUUUUAUCCAAUUACAAGGUCAUGGAAAAAUUCAGCCAUUAAAUAAAUUGAAUGAUUUAAAUUCAAAUACCGAUUGGUCAAACUUACCAAAUGAUUUAAAAUUCCAAUUGUAUAACAGAUAUUAUUUCAUUGCUGCUCAAAAUGCAAUUUUAGCUGGUGCUGAUGGUAUUGAAAUUUCGGUUUACCAUUAUCUUUUACUAGUUAAUUCUUUGAACUUACCUUGUUUCCAAAAUGAUAAAUCAUUAAAUAACAAUUUGAAAGUAAUCCAAUCCUUUUUGAAAUUAUGUGACCAAAUUAUUGGCAAAGUUUCAAUUGAAAAGUUUGCUUUAAGAUUUGGGUUUUUGAAUAGAAUCCAAAUUUCUUUCAUUUUAAAUCAUUUUAAUAAAAAAAAUUUAAAAUUAGCAUAUAUCUCAAUUAUUGAACCACGAAUUAAGAAUAUUCAUAGCUCAAGUGAAAACUCAACUCAAAGCAACGAUUGGAUUUAUAGUUAUUAUAAAAAUGGCAUCGUAUUAAGAUCCUCAUCAUAUUUUGAUAAUUAUCAGGAAACAAAUUUCAAAACCCUUAAGGCCCAUAUAAACUCAAACAAUAGAACUUUAAUUGGGUGUGGACGAUAUUCCACUUCAAACCCUGAUCUUAAUUUAAGAUUAUUCAACAAUUUGAAAUUGAAUCCCUAUAACAGAAUGACUUUUUAUACAAAUACUUCGUUAGGCUAUAAUGACUUUUCUCAUUUGUUUGAGAACGAAAAUUCCCCAUUUUAUGAUAACGAAACCAAUCAAAACUUUUCAUCUCUUGAACCAAUUGAUCUAGGCGAUUAUUUAUCAAAACAUCCUGAAUUGGAGUUCUAGGUAUAUUCUUUUUUUCUUUCAUUUUUAUUUCCUUAUAUAAAUUUAUAUUCCAAUCGAAAGUACUUAAUUCUAUUAUCAUUAUUUCUUUACUCAACUAUAUCAUUCUUUCUGCAUUUAAUAUAUUCGAAAUUACGCCCACAAUAUACUAAACAUAGACUACGA